UGCGCAGGCGCAGACAGACGUGGCAGAGAGAGAUGGCUCCUGCCGGGCGCUGCUGCUGGGAGAGGAAGAUGCUGCUGUCGCUGCUGCUCCUGAUUAUCUGCCCCUCGUGCCUCAUCUCCAUUAAGAUUUCCCCCCUCAUUGAGAAAAUCGAUGACCACAAAGACUUCAAGAAGCUUCUGCGCACGAGGAACAAUGUGCUGGUUCUGUACUCAAAGUCAGCCUCGGCAGCGGAGCAGCAGCUCAAAUUCCUGUCCAACAUCGCUCAGGACGUUAAGGGGAGGGCGACUGUGUCAUGGAUCGACUGUGGCGACGCCGAGGGCAGGAAGCUGUGCAAGAAGCUGAAGGUGGAUCCCAGCAAGAAGCCCAAUGGGGUGGAGCUGCUCCAUUACAAGGACGGGACCUUCCAUACAGAAUACAACAGACCAAACACACACAAGUCGCUCAUUGCCUUCCUGAAGGACCCAGAAGGGGCCCCACUGUGGGAAGAGAAUCCCGAUGCCAAAGACGUUGUACAUAUUGAUAACGAGAAGGAUUUCCGGAAGUUUCUGAAGAGGGAAGAUCGCCCGCUGCUGCUGAUGUUUUACGCCCCGUGGUGCGGCGUUUGCAAGCGGCUGAUGCCAUCGUACCAGCAGGCUGCCACCAAUCUGAAGGGCUCUUAUGUCCUGGCAGGGAUGAACAUUCACCCCCCUGAGUUCGACCGGCUGAAGGAAGAGUACAGCGUGAAGGGCUACCCGACCGUGCUUUAUUUCGAGAAGGGGAAGUAUAUGUUCAACUUCGAGAAGUACGGAGCCUCCGCCCAGGACAUCGCUGAUUGGCUGAAAAACCCUCAGGCCCCCACCCCGGAGGCCCCCGAGGUCGCUUGGUCGGAGACGGACAACCCAGUUUACCACCUGACGGACGCAGAUUUCGACCAGUUUUUGGCAGAACACCCCUCUGUGCUGGUCAUGUUCUACGCCCCAUGGUGCGGCCACUGUAAGAAGAUGAAACCUGACUAUGAGAAGGCGGCAGAGACCCUUCAUGCCGAGAGUGGGGCCGGCGUAUUGGCAGCAGUCGAUUCUACGGUGCACAGAGCCGUGUCGGAGAAAUUCAAAGUCACCGGAUUCCCCACAGUGAAGUAUUUUGAGAACGGCGAGGAGAAAUACACGGUGCCGCAUCUGCGCACGGAGCAGAAGAUCGUGGAGUGGAUGCACAACCCCGAGGCGCCGCCCCCCCCAGAGCUUUCCUGGGAUGAGAAACCCUCCAGCGUUCUGCACCUCGUGGGGGACGAGUUCCGUGAAGCCCUGAAGAAGAAGAAACAUUCACUGGUCAUGUUCUAUGCCCCCUGGUGCCCCCACUGUAAGAGCACAAUCCCAGACUUCACAACAGCUGCUGAUACCUUUAAGGAAGAUAGAAAGAUUGCGUACGGCGCUGUGGACUGCACCAAAGAGAAAAACCAGGAGUUGUGUAAGCAGGAGGGGGUGGAAGGAUUCCCGACCUACAACUGCUACAACUACGGAAAGUUCUCCGAGAAAUACAGCGGGGAACGAACAGAAUCCGGAUUUAUUGGUUUUGUAAAGUCUCUCCGUGAGAAAGAUCAGUCUAAACUGGGCAAGAAGAAGGAUGAAUUGUAACAGCGGCCAUCUUGGCUCCACCCACUGCGCACUGUUAAAUGUCUCCCAGCUUCCAGGUCCUGGAGACUGAACUGGUUUUCCCGCUAGCAGAACCGGCCUGACUCUCCCAGCCCUUUGCAGGGAAUCGGGUAUCAAUCAAA